UCACCUUGUGCCCAAGUACCUGAGGCGGAGUGUUGGGAACAACUUGAAGUGCUUCCGAGAGGCACAUUGCCGCCCAGAGAUACACAUGCAUAAAUUAGGGGAACCAGAUCGUGCGACCGCAUACGCUAAUUAUAAAACGUAAAGUUAAAAUUGAGCUCAGAUUCAAUGGAAAGUAUCAGCACCACAGGUCGGCGACGGAACAACAUGCGAAUCAAUGCCGAGGAUAAUGCCCUGGAUCAAAUUACAAAAGAGGCGGAAGCGCGACUGGCCGCGCGUCGACAGGCGCGUGCCGAGGCCCGGGAGAUCCGCAUGAAGGAGCUGGAGCGGCAGCAGAAGGAGCAGGAGAUAACCGCCGACCGGGUGUUCGACAUGCAGAACUCCACUGCAGUGGGCCCAGAGCCCCUCUCCGUGCAUCCCGUGCGCCUCGUCUACGGCGGCCUGCUAAACGUAACCCGUGCCUCAGCCUCCCGCCGCAGCAGCGAGGACUCCGUGGAGGAGGAGGGCCGAAGUUUUCGCGACUUCAAGCACGAGCUUAAGGAUGUCGAAGAACGGUUUCGGAAGGCCAUGAUAACAAACGCCCAACUGGACAACGAUCGCGCCUCGCAGGCCUACGAGGUUAAGCUGCUUAAAGACAAGUGCGAGAUCAUGGAGGAGUCAUUCGCACAGCUGCAGCGCGAGUUCAAGGAGAAGAUGCGCGACUGCAAUGCCCUCAAGCGGAACCUGGACCGCGCCAAUCUGGAGCUUAAACUAGUACAAGGACAGCUGAACGAGCGCGACUCGUUGAUAGCCGAGCAGGGCCUGCUGAUUGUGGCGGUGGAGAAUGCCGAUGGCAGCGAUGCCAAGCGGGCUCUAGUGAGUGUGGAGAAUGCCAAGGUUCUGGCCUCCGUUCAGGGUUCUCUAGACGUAAGACUUAAGAAGUUCAGUGACGAGAAACAGCGACUGCUGUCCGAGGUGCAAAAGCUGCACGAGCAGCUGGAUGAGUAUAAGAGCGAUGGGAUGACUGGACGUCGCAGUCUUUCGCAAGGUUCCUUUGGUGAUGAGAAUGACUACGAGGCCCAACGGGAAUCAAACAAAAUCAUUUCAGACCAUAAAUAUAAGCUGCAGAAGGCGGAGCAGGAGAUCGCCAACCUGCAGUCGAGCUUAGCCCGUUCAGAGACUCAGGUGAUUCGGUACAAGAGCACUGCGGAAGCCGCCGAAAAGGCGGAGGCAGAGCUGAAGGUCGAGCGCCGCAAGCUUCAGCGCGAGCAUCGGGAAAUUUUGGAAAAACUGGAAGAGGCCGAAACGUCAAACAACCACUUGCUGAAGCGGCUCGACAAGCUUAAAAACGCUAAGAGUGCCAUUCUAAAGGACUUAUGAUCGAAGAUGGGAGGAGCUGCAAUCUCGCCAACCAUUGAAAGGUCGCAUCCGAUGACAUAGAAGACAGAAAACAGUACGACAUCAUCAACAUACAAAUGCUGCAAUUAAAAUAGCACUUCGGUAGCAACUUAAUCGGUCUUAGUGGUAGCAAAACGAUCAUUUUUGAAGGAUAAUCCAAAAUACUCUACCUUAAAAACAUAUAUUUAAAUUAAAAUAUAAACUAACAGGAUAAUAAUUAACAUAAAUAAUGUCUAUAUGUAUAUGUAAAGCGCAAAAUAUAAGUAACAAUUCAAUUGGUU